AUGUCAGUCAAGAACUUUAGGCCUAGGUUGACCUCAUCGAAGAUGGCUCUCUCGUGGCUUGCGGUAUUGUCGUCUGAAUUAAGCAAGCGUCUUCAAGAGGAAAGAGAAGACGACCCACGCAUGUUUCCUCGCACGCUAGUGCUAAGAUACCUUAUUUCUAACUCGUCUGGAGUCAAAAGUCACCAGGUCCCAUUUGGACAGAUUGCCAACGAGCAUUUGGACCAUGAAAUAUACACUCGUGCAGAAAAACUAUGGCACGAAUCUAUCGGUCGUGUGAUGCAUCGCCCUGGCCCUAGUCGUGUCGAGCUGAGUCUUUUGGCGCUCUCUUUUGCCAGUAUCGACCGCACUGUGCGUGAUCAGCAACCACUGCACAAUUUUCUCUCGCCUCAGGUUCAUAACAAACGGAAAGCGGACAUGAACCCAGAAGAACGAAUGUGUUCCAAAUCGGUUCGCACUACAAAAUACAACGACUAUGAAGUCGUCAAAGAUGAAGCUUCUCUCACAGACAUGGCACAAUGGACUUGCUCAAUUUGUUCGCACACAUUACACGUGCCUAUCUUUGAGGACCCCGAGUCACAUUGUGAUAACACUGAGCCUCCCUCUUUCUUACAAAUCCUUGCUCAAGCUCGCAUGGAGCACGAGCACUGGCAUAUGGCUAUGAAACUGGCAGAGAUGUAG